AUGAAGGUGGCCCUGGCGCUGAGUUGCUUGGGUAUACUCCUAGCUGUAGCCCACGCACGGGACUUGCGGGAGAAACGGGACGCAGAUCUUGAGCCUGCUGCUUCACACCAUCACGAGAAGGGUGGUGGAAAAGAGCACCACGCCCAUCACCAUCACGAACAUGGUGGUAAAGGCCACAAGGGUUACAAGGGGCACCACCAUCAUGAACAUGGCAAAAAAGGCCACCACCAUCAUGAGGGACACAAAGGCCACCACGACGAGCAUGGUGGACACAAGAAACACCAUCACCACGACGACGGCCACCACCACGAACAUCACCACGGCGAAAAGGGUGAAAAGGGACACGGAUUCGAAGAAAAAGGCCAUUAUCAUAAGGGACAUUCAACGAAAGGACACCACGGUGUUCAUAAAGUAGACGAAUUCAAAAAAGACAAACACUUCCAUGAGAAACAUGGAGAAUCCGGCCACGAAGAAGGCCAUGGUGGUCACCACCAUGAACACGGUCACAAGAAGGGAGGGCACUUCCACAAAGGACAUAAACACGGUGGUCAUCAUGAACACCACCACGGAAAGAAAGGACAUCAUGAAAAGGGUGGACACCACCACGAACACAAAGGCCACCACGAUGAGGGCAGCCACCACGAGCACCACCACCACCAUCACGGUCACGGCAAAAAAGGAGGCCACGAGGAUCAUAAACACUGGGGAUGGAAGAAAGGACAUUAA